UUGUAGUAAACUGCUCUCAGAAUAGAGGAGAAAUCUGAACUCCGAAGAGCCUCACGCUGAACUUCUCUGGCUCGAUCCAAUUCCAGAUCCGAAUAUGAACGACGCAGAUGUAUCCAAGCAGAUCCAGCAGAUGGUCCGAUUUAUCCGCCAGGAAGCGGAGGAAAAGGCCAAUGAGAUUUCUGUCUCCGCCGAAGAAGAAUUCAACAUUGCGAAGCUGCAACUAGUGGAAGCAGAGAAGAAGAAGAUCAGACAAGAGUAUGAGCGCAAAGAGAAGCAAGUCGAAGUUCGUAAGAAAAUUGAGUACUCCAUGCAGCUAAAUAGUUCACGCAUCAAAGUUCUUCAGGCUCAAGAUGACUUGGUUAACUCUAUGAAAGAUGCAGCGUCAAAGGAGCUCUUGCAUGUGAGCCAUGACCACCACAGCUAUAAGAAACUUCUGCAUGAUCUUAUUGUUCAGAGUUUGCUAAAGCUCAAAGAGCCUUCUGUUUUACUGCGCUGUCGGAAAGAUGAUGUGCACCUGGUGGAAGAUGUCUUGCACUCUGCCAAGGAAGAAUAUGCAGAAAAGGAAAGGGUUCACCCACCUGAGAUCAUAAUUGACCACAUCCACCUUCCACCUGCUCCUUCUCAUCAUAAUGCACAUGGUCCUUUCUGCUCUGGAGGAGUGGUCUUGGCGUCUCAAGAUGGAAAAAUUGUGUGUGAAAACACUCUAGAUGCAAGAUUGGAAGUUCUGUUCCGUAAAAAACUUCCAGAGAUCCGCAAGUUGCUAUUUGGUCAGGUUGCAGCCUAAUAGAUUGGAGGUCUUCAUACACAUUCGGUUUUAUUUCUUGAUCUCUGUAUUCUUAAAUCUGCAACUCUGUGACAAGAAAUGAUAUCGGUGAUUUCCUACUCGUGUACUUCUGUAGCGAUGUUUCAUGGUUCUUGUUAACAGUUAACACCUACCUUCCAUUUAUGAAGCUAUCAUUCAUUCAUUUUAAUUGAGGCAUGGCAAAAAUACUUGCUUUAAGGUAAUAUAUUUCCGGAGAUUCUAGCAUCAGACUGGUAUUGCCAUUUUUUGCUG